CGAUAUAUUCACUAAGCAUAUUUAAAUGAGUAAUAUCAUGUUGUUGUUUGUUGACAGGUGUGAUGUCGGGGUUUAAGAAUCUCAUACCUGCUCGUUUCCUGACGCUCACAGCUCACCUGGUCAUCAUCAUCACCAUCUUCUGGUCUCGGGAGAAUAAUGUGCAGUCGUGUCUGCCGCUGGAUUUUACUGAAGAACAGUUUAGAACCGAAGACACACGGCUUGUGGUGGCUCUGUCUGUGACUCUGGGUUUGUUUGCGGUGGAGUUCAUCGGAUUCUUCUCUGGUGUUUCUAUGUUCAACAGUAAUCAGGGCCUGUUAUCUCUGGUGUCUCACUGCAGCGCAUCGAUCAGUCUGUCGUUCUUUGUGUUCCAGCGGUGGCCGUGCUGGACGUACUGGAUCAUCUUCAGCCUCUGCAGUGUGAUUCCUGCCGUGUUGGAGUUGAUUCUGCUCGUGUUUCUGAGAUCAGUGUGAUGAUUCUUCAGAUAAACCCCUGAAAGAGGAAAUCAUCUGAUGCAUCUUUGUGAUUAUAUCAAAUGUACAGGAUUGUCUGAAGCCUCUAAUGUAUUUCUGUAUUUGACACAUGAGCUCAGAUUAUUGCUCGACAGGUGUGGAGAAAUGUUUACAAUUGUAGAAAUACAUUUUUAUUUUAUUCUGUGUUUUAUAAAUUAAUAAAAAUAUAUAUUUCACAGUGAAUGUGCAUGUCUGCAUUGAAUCAGCUUAAAGUUCUCCUUGUGUGUAUAAGUUUCAGACAGACAGAUAGAUAGAUAGACAGAUAGAAAGACAGACAGGCAGAUAGAUAAAAUGAAAGACAGAUAGACAGACAGACAGGCAGAUAGAUAGACAGACAGACUGAAAGAGACAGACAGAUAGAUGACAGGUAGAUAGACAGAUAAUUAGAGGCAGACAGAUAGAUAGACAGACAGCUAGAUAAUUAGAUAGAUAGACAGACAGACAGACAGAUAAUUUGAUUGAUGGAUA